AUGGCUUCCAGGCGUGCAUAUAGCAGGAUGUCCAUGGUGGACCAGAUCACCGAGUCCAUGGCUCACAACACUAGGACCUGGGGGAGAUUUGCAGCUGUCAGGCUCAUCUACUGUGACUGGUGUGGUUUGAGCUUCACCAGUAAGCCUCGCUACUACAUCCACUACCAGUCGUCUCAUGGGAUAGAGCUGAUACAGCGAGAGAUCGCCACCGAGAAAUACGACUGCAAAGACCACGACUCCGGCUGCGACACUACCUACCCCAUCCUAACCUCGGAGGAUAGGCACUCUGGCACGCUGACUGCCCAGCGGUGGUGUUUGGUGGCUUGCACCGAACUUGAAAGGUAG